UCCCGCUUGCCCUCCCCCUCGCUCCCCUCCCGCGUCUCGUCACGUUCCCUCCCGACCCGACCCGACCCUUAGCCAGGCAGCCAGCCAUUCCGUUACCCGCUCUCCGCUCCUCGUGGCCCUCGUGUUUGCCCAAUUGUGUGUGUGCGGGUCUGUGUGUGAGUUUGUGAGUGUGAGUGCGGGUGUGUGUGUGAGUUUGUGAGUGUGAGUGCGCGCGCGUGUGUGUGUCGAUCGAGAGCUGAUUUCCGGUUGCGUUGUGUGGUUGAAUUCGGGGAGGGCGAGGAGAAGAUUCGUCGGAUGCUAGGCGGUGGAGCCGUUCGGGCGAGAGUGUGAAUUAGAGGGAAUUCGCGUGUGGAAUCAUUUAAUAACGGGCGUCGCUUUACUAUUAUUCUUAUUUUCUAUUUCCCUCUUUCAUUUAUUUGUUUUGUUUUUUUCGGAGUUCCGCGUUGGGGUUUUGGUUUUUGGCGAUGGGCUUGAGGAGGGCGUUCGGGUGAGGGUGAUUGCGAGAGUGAGGUGUGUAUGUGUACCCCCCCCCCCCUUCUUUUUUUUUUUUUUUUUUUUUUUUUGGCGACUCCGUGAAGAGAUGCGGAGGGCGGAGCUAUGAGGUCGCGGGAUGUGUUGGAGGAUGCCGCUUGGGGUUCAGUGCUUUGUAGAAUCAAGGAAUGCAGGAGCGAACUGAGCAAACGGCGUUUUCAUGGAUUGGAUGAAUGAUACAGCACUCUAAAUGAUGGCCAGAUCUACCAAGGACCGGCCUGAUUACUUGGGUCGUUUCAGUGCACCUGUAGUGGCUGGGAGCUCAGGAACAGCCUAUGGUGCGGAUACUUGCCCCGAGAACAAUGUCGAGGUGGACAUUGCAGAAGUUUAUUUUCUCAUCAUGCACUUUCUGUCCAGUGGCCCGUGUCAGCGUGCAUUUGCACAGCUUUCAAAUGAUGUUCUGCAGCAUAAGCUUCUUCCCAGGCGCUUUCACGCGUUGUCGUCUCGUGCGGAAAAGCACGUUGUCGAUGAGGGAGAUGAUGGCAUGUCUUCUCCAUUAAGUUAUGCGAACAUUUUGGCAAGGAAUCCAACUGUACAACAAAACCAUCUGGUGAAAUUGUUGGAGCAGUUGCUUGUGCAUAAUCGAGCAUCUGUUGAACAUUUGGAACAUCCGAACUCAAGGAUCCCUACAGCAGCCGAUGUCCCUACGCUUCUUGGAACUGGAAGUUUCUCACUGUUUGAUUCUGAAAGGAGGAAGGCCAUAAAAGAUGUCCCUCAAUGGAUCCGCCAGUUGCGAUGGCCUCACUGGCACGCCGAUCAGGUUCAUGGGUUGAUGUUUCGUGAGCUUGGUGGAGGAUAUGCAAGACACAAGCAAGCUCCUUCAGUUCGCACUCCUAGUUAUGCUAUUGUGAAGCCUGCUGUCUUGGUCGAUCGAAUACAGAUAAUUAAAAAGUUGAGAGGACAUCGCAAUGCAGUGUACUGUGCUAUUUUUGAUGGCACAGGGCGAUAUGUAAUAACUGGUUCUGAUGAUCGACUCGUGAAGUUAUGGUCGUCGGAAACUGGGCUCUGUCUUCGUAGUUGUCGAGGUCAUGAGGGUGAUAUAACAGAUUUGGCUGUGAGUAAUCGCAACAAAUAUGUUGCAUCAGCUUCUAAUGACUUCACCAUCCGUGUUUGGUUUUUACCUUCAGGUAAUCCAGUUUCUGUUUUGCGUGGUCACACUGCUUCGGUUACUGCAAUAGCCUUCAGUCCUCGGCAAGGCUGUGAGCAUCUUCUCCUUUCGUCUUCUGAUGACGGAACGUGUCGCAUAUGGGAUGCGUCAGAUUCAUCUCUGCAUUCCAGGGUUUACAUGCCCAACCCUAAAGAUGUCGCUUCAGCUCCAAGGCCUACUAUUCCUGCUCCUCCAUCAACUGUCCCUGGAUGCAAUCAAAUUCUUUGCUGUGCCUUUAACGCUGAUGGCAGUAUUUUUGUCACAGGGAGCUCCGACAAAAUAGCUAGGGUUUGGGAUGCAUGUAAAUGGAAUGAUGAUGUUACCGGACGACCCAACUAUGAGAUGGACACCCUGAAAGGUCAUGAAAACGACGUAAAUUAUGUUCAGUUCAGUGGGUGUGCAGCUCCACGAAAGCCAUUGGUUGGUGACAGCAUGAAGGAUGAGCAUGCAACGCGCUUCAGAAAUUCUUGGUUUUCACAUGAUAGCAUUGUUACUUGCUCCAGGGAUGGCACUGCCAUCAUCUGGAUGCAUCACUUUUCCAAAUCAUAUGCCAAAGUAGGACGAUGGCAGAAGGCUUACCACCUACGGGUCCCUCCUCCCCCAAUGCCUCCCCAGCCGCCUAGGGGGAAUGGACCCAGGCAACGGCUUCUACCUACUCCUCGAGGAGUUAACAUGAUAGUGUGGAGUCUGGAUAAUCGCUUUGUCCUUGCAGCCAUCAUGGAUCACAGGAUAUGUGUUUGGAAUGCGUCGGAUGGUAGUCUGGUUCAUUCACUUACUGGACACGAUAAACAGACCUAUGUACUCGAUGUUCAUCCCAUCAACCCAAGAAUUGCCAUGAGUGCUGGCUAUGAUGGACGAGUUAUCAUCUGGGACAUAUGGGAAGGACGCCCCAUUAAAGUUUAUGAAACUGGGGAGUAUAAUCUAGUGGAUGGCAACUUUUCUCCCGACGGCACAUCUCUAGUGGUGUCCGAUGAAGUUGGCCAGAUUUACCUUUUUGGCACAGGGUCAAAGAUGUCCGAGAAGGACGUCAAAUAUGAUCAGUUUUUUCUUGGUGAUUUCCGUCCUCUGGUGCGCGACGUUCAUGGCAAUGUCUUGGAUGUGGAAACUCAGCAACCACCUCAUCUGCGUAAUUUACGCGAUUUGCUUUGUGAUGCUGGCAUGAUUCCUUACUGCGACCCGUACCAAACCAUUUUCCAGCAGCGCCGGCUUGCUAACCUCGGUCUGGAGUGGCACCCACCUGUUAUGCAGCUUUCAAUCGGAACUAAUGAUGAUGUUACAUAUUUCCCGCCGGAGCAACCUAUGGCUUUCCAGCCACCGGUUGCUCCUUCACCUGAAAGACAUGAUUUACCGGUCCCAACAGAUGCCGGUAGGAACAGAUGGGUAGAGCAGCCCCCUGAGGUAGAAGAACCAAUGGAUUGGGAACAAGAUGCUGCAGUGCAUAGUGAAGACACUGGAUCGGAUUAUAGUGCAAGUGAAGAAAGUGUGAGCGAUGAAAAAGAAGGAGAAGGUUAUGAGAGUUUGAGCGAAGGAGAAUCAAAUAGUGAGGAGGAAUCGGAGGCUCCAAUGCACUUGCGGCGUUCGGGGAGGAACAAGCGAAAGAAAAUGGAGUCUGGACGUAGUUCAAGUAGGCGAGUAAGGGGAAGAACUUCUGCCGACUAUGACACCAGAAAGCGCCGUCAGCAACGGGGUCGCCGUUUGAAGGCAUCUAGAAAUAGUUCAUACAGAGCUAGUAGAGCAGUUGUUGUCAGUGAUCAGGAGCAUGUCUCUACCAGACCGCAACGGCAGGCUGCUCGUAAUGCACUCAACUUAUUUAGUUCUAUUCAAACUCCAGGCCGCGAAGAAGACGAGGACAGUGCUGAGCACGGAGAGAAAUCAGAAGCGGUCGAUAAUGGACAAGAACAUGGAGAACCAUCCUCUAUGGCAGCUGCAGACCUUGAGGGGGAGAUACGGUCCCUUAGAAGAAAUCCUCGAGAAGAAGUUGAAGAGGAGAGUGAGCAGCGUGUCCACGCUUCAACCUCGCAACCUGAGGUUGAUAACCUUGGUGAUUGUAGGCGUCCCAGAUCGCAGAGACCUAGAAGAAUAAAAAUCAUAUUCAAUCGUCCAGCUGGCCCGGCACAUGGUUCUUCACAGUUUGAUGGGCUUAGAGAGGGUGAAGCAAACGCUUUGCAUCCGUCAGACGAUAUAGCCAUCUCGGUCAGUCCUAGCCGCGAGAAUAUUCCACCAGAGCAGAUUCAAAAGUCCCAUAGGAAAUUGAUCAUCAAGCCUCCGAAACCCAUUAGUCAAGAGGGUGGAAGUAGCGAUGAAGACGGAGACACAAUAGGAGGGCAAGGGAUGAAUGUUCCAGCUUUAGCUCAAGAGUCGCCAAUUCGAAGUCCUGAUAUCGCACACUCAACAUCGGAAGGAAUUGUUGGACAGGAGAAUCAUUGGCAGUGGAAGAGGGGUAAGGAGAUCAACGGUGCUUUGGGUAGUGGUUCUUCCAAGCAUGGAGAGCCCAGUAAAGACAAUGAGAGUCUGGAAUCCUUCGAGCGUGCAAUUCUUUCAAACGAAUGUGCCCAAACGCACACAUGGGAACAGCCUCAACAUCCUGACAAUUCAAGAUCAGAAGACGCUAAUGUUAGAAAUGAGUCGCACAAUUCCGAGCGUGAAAGAACUCAGAAUAAUGCGAAUGUUUCUAAUGACUAUGGAGCACAUGAAGACAACCUAUCUUCUGUGCAUGAAUUGGCAGACACUCUUUCGCAGAAGGUUGAUUUGAACAAGGAUCCGGAUACCGAAGAGCGCCGUUCUAAAGACACGGAAAGAGAAUUAAGAAGUGAACAGAAUGCAAAUCAGUCUUUGAUGGAGAAUACUUUCAGUGAUAGAAGUCCCGUUUCAUCAGAGGCUGGAGGGACAUCAAGAUUGCAGUCUACAUCAAAAGUCGAGACGGAGAACAAAUACCAAUUGCAAGAAAUGCCAGCAAGCUCUAGGGAAAUUGAAGACGGUGAUUAUGCUGACGAUGUAGACGAGGGUCAAGAGAGGGCGGGACACAUGCAAGACAGUGAGCAACACCUAAUUGAGACCGGUGGCACUGAUCAUGAAACAAGAGAGUACAGCGACGAAGACUCCAAUGCUGGAAGGAACGGUGUCCUCAAUAACGACCGAACAAUAAACACCUCUGUGAGUCUCGAAGAACGUCAGCACCAGCUUGACACUGAUGAGGCUGAGACGAGGAGGGAUCAUUUAUGCGAUGACAAUGAGGAUGUCAUUGGAUAUGAGACUGGACAGGAUCAUCCAGAAGGAAGUACAGAGAAGCAAGCGUCGGAAUCAGAAAUGGACGAGUAUGAAUACGCUGGACAAGAGGAAAAUGAGAGCAAAGAAUUCGAGGACACACCCCGGAGUUUUAAAAAUCGAUCCCGUCGACAGAAUAAGUAUGAAAGCACGGAGGGCAGGAGUCGAAGUGCAGAACGCAAACGGCACAAACCUCUAUCUGAGCUAAACUCUGGUCAUGGUCAUUCACUACUUUCUGAUGAGGCGCCAUCUCCAGCCAAAAGGUCAACUCGUCAUGUGCGAACGGCACCUGAGGGAAAUGGGCGAAGGACACAGCCAUGGUUGCGUGAGCACCAAGAAGCUGAAGAACUGGCAGGUCCUUCGCGAUCAGUUUCACAUACACAAGUGCGAGGGAAGAGUAAACGACAACCUAGUAAUAAGCUGCACGACAUGGUUUGGGAAAGCGAACCCCGUAACAACGGUGUAUCUCAUGGUCGACAAGGCCUCCGUUCAGAUGCUAGUCCCAGUGGAAGUAAGAUUGACAGGCCUCUAAGGCUCAAGUUGAAAUGCACUGAAAACUCAGCAAAGAGGAAUGAAGGGUUGCCUGAUGAGGAUGAUGACAAUGGGGAGAAUCAGACGCGAGUGUCAGCUCGUAGCACUCGAAGACAAAUUAGCUUACAGAAAGAGAGGGCAAAGGUUGUUGAAGUCAAGGUUGGUGUGACAAAUUCUAUUCCACGCUCAAGUUGGCGUGCCCCUAGAAACAAUCUUCGGAAGAUCGAAAGUGCCUCGUGGUUGUUGACGUCAGAGGUGGAACAAGGUCACUACACUCCACAAUUUGGUGAUGAGGUCGCUUACUUGCACCAGGGGCAUAGAGAAUAUCUCGAAGCAUCGAAGGUCAAAGAAAAAGGUCCCUGGAAGAAGCAUGAACUUCGCGCAGUAGAAUUUUGUCGCAUUACAAAUCUAGAAUACCACAUUGAACCUGGAGGUGGGACAAGCUGCAAGCUAGAGCUUGAAUUUUUAGAUAUGGAAUCUUCUGCUAGUGGCUACAAGUUCCAGCUAACAUGGCCGGAAUUGACUGAUUAUCCGGACUUUUUAGUGGAGAAAAGUCGUUUUGAUGCGUCCAUGGCAAAAGGGUGGGUUGCUAGGGACCAUUGUAAAGUAUGGUGGGCGAGUGAAAAGGGGGCAGAUGAGAAGGGCCAAUGGUGGGAUGGUCGAAUUAAGACUAUCAAGGCCAAGUCUGAUGAUUUCCCAGAUAGUCCGUGGGAAAAAUACAUUGUCACCUACAGAGAAUCUGCAGAGCCACAGGCGCACAGUCCUUGGGAGCUUUUUGACAGAAAUUGCAAUAUUCCAGGGUGGACUGUGCCGCAAAUUGAGGAAGACGAAAGAGACGAACUAUUGCAAUAUAUUUACGACAUUGAGGAGGCUAUGUUAGAGGAUGAGACGGAUGGAUUUGGUGUAAAACAACUGGAAUCAUUAGCAAAGCAUGACUCAAACUUCUUGAACAGGGUGCCUGUGCCGCUUACCUUGGAGCUCAUACGAGAGAGGUUGUCAAAGAACUUUUAUCGUAGCAAAGACGCCGUAGAAUACGACAUUCGGUUACUAGCUACAAAUGCUGAACUUUUCUUUGGAGACGAAGAUGAUUUUACCGGAAAGAUGAACCGGCUGGCCAGUGAACUCUUGGAAAUCUUGCAAUGACAGUGUUUGCGGCACUGCAGCAAGGACAUGUAAAAACAAAAUUACAGCAAACUUGUAGAUUAGAAAGUUGUGAUGUUAGACAUAAGGUGCUCAGCUUGUGCUCAGGAGCAUAAUUGGAUCAGUCCGUCUGACUUCAUGUAUUCCACCUGUGAAGACGGCCAUCGUGUGUAAUUUAACUGGGGUUCCACGUUGCCCCUUCAGUAAACUUCCUGUGACUCAUUCUUGACUGGG